GAAGAAAAGCAGAGAUCUACCAGCAAGCAACAUGUUCUCUUCUUUUCUUUUCUGCAGUUGUUUCAUCGCCUUCUUGUCCAUCGGCUCCAGUAGCCAGGGUCCAGUAGACUACACCCCGUAUUCCACCUUGUUGGCCCUUCUGACCGGAAAUGCCGACCCAUCAGCUGUUGAAAGCCCAUACAUGAGAAGACUUUCAUCGCCAGCACGGCUUUACCAUGCCAAACCUAUUGCUGAUUACUCCUCGUAUUACCCAGUGUAUCCGCCACAACCAUAUCCCGAAAUGUUUCGCCAACAAGUAUUCGAUCGAAGAUUCCAUCCGGAAGACUCAGACGCUCAAUUCUUCCGCUCUGAUUCUGAUUCUCGUUUCCUUGGAUUGAAAGCCAAUGCAUUAAAUGGGUUGCUUACAUCCUUGCGAGGACCACCUGGUCCCCCUGGUCCUCCAGCUCCGGCACCAAUUCCAGCAGGUCCCCCAGGUCCCCCAGGCCCCCCAGGCCCUCCUGGUCCUGAUGGCGCUCCUGGCCCUGAUGGUGCUCCUGGUCCCGAUGGUGCUACUGGCCCCGAUGGCGCUCAAGGCCCCGAUGGUAAUCCAGGUCCUGACGGUAAUCCUGGUCCUGAUGGUAAUCCCGGUCCUGACGGUAACCCCGGCCCCGAUGGUAAUCCCGGUCCUGAUGGUGCUCCCGCACCAGCAGCUAGAGGUUAAAAUGAUCCAAAAUAUUUUCAGAAACGUUGUGGUUAACUUAGACUGGUAAUAAGGCGCCAUGGUUGGGUUAUGGAAUAUCUGUUAAGAUGUUAAAAGGGAUUAAUGAACCAAUAUGAAUAAAUUUCAAUUGUGGUCAAAGAUGAAGUUGUAAUGUUUCAAUAUUUACCAAUACACGAUAUAACGCAA